UCUAUUUUGUGCACACCUAAUCAAGAUCACCAUAGUAACCAACCAUUAGUGUCAGACAAAAUGGCUCAGCAUAAGUACGACAUGCUGACAGUUCCUACAGCAUCAGAAGUGCCUGGGAAACAUCACCCGUGGUACAAAGAACGAUUGAAACUCAAGUUUAUCAACACAUCCAAACAGACUGCAGCUCUGAAUGGCCAGAGGUGGACGUUUGUAGCUAAUAAUACUGACGAUUUCAGAACAGGAGUGCCUUGCAAGACCCGAAACAAUCACAUGAUCAAACAUGAUCGUACGAGCGCCCUGCCCCUCAUCUCUAGUUCCUCCACCACAUCCUCACAACACUCUCAACACUCUCAGAAAUCACUGCGACGACCAGAACAGAGAAUCAUAGCAAACAAUCCUGGUCGAAGAACGUUAUACUCCAAGGUUGGCCCUCGGAAACAAAUCCAACAAGAACGACUAGAGAGAGAGAGAGAGGCUAUACUCAACCACCCGCUGCAACUCUACCCACACCUGGAGGACUCAAUCCCUGUAGAGCUUCUCGAUGGAGUGCUUGGGGUAAUUGAUCCUGAGAUGAAACGUGGUGCCCCCAGCAUAGAGGAGAUCUCUAGCAGUGCAUUCGAGUCCCUCCAUUCAUCACACAUCGAAGUAGAAAAUGUAGACAAAAUGAGUGAUGUGUUGUCCUCACCAAUGCAAAGCACACAAUCCCCGGAAAAGCAACAGCAGGAACAACAGGAGGAGCAGGAAGAUUCCCAAGCCUCCAAUUUGUACAGGUUUCCUCUCAAGAAGACACAGGAGGAGCAUGAGAGGGAGAAGAUGAUGGUAGCCAAUCAGCAGGUGAUCUCAGCCUCUCAGCAGUCACGAGUGGACCAGGUCACCCACGACCUUGUGCAAUGGAUGAGAGAUCUGGAUCACAAUGAGGACAGUGAGGACAGUCAGCAUGAAAUUGAUGAAUCAAGGAUCAAGAACCUUUUCAGUAGUGACUAUGAAUCAAGACCUGCCCAAACGGCCCCCAUUCAUGUGGUGGAGCUGGUCAAUGUCCCAGCAGAGCUGCGAAUGGAUUCCAGAGAUUACAGUCGUAAUGGCUACUCUCGUAGUCCCUCUCCGAGGUACGACUCAGAGAACCAGUACCAGUACGGGGGGACUCGAGUGCGAGGACUCACCUACCCCAGCUCUGAUCAAGAAGAGCCUCGUUAUGUGAGGUCCAAGUAUGGAGCAUGGUACUUACCUGUGGAUCUGUGGAGGCUCAGAAAUAGGAAUGAGCCAUUAAGAGACCCUGAAGAGGAAGCUAUGGAUCAUGAUAGUGAGGAGGCCAUGAGAAGUCUGGAAAUGGAUGAAGCAUUGGCUGAGCUGCACGGGGCUAGGAGCUUCAAGGAGUUCAUUGUGAGCAAGAAGAAAGGCUCUAUGGUGCCCACAUAUCUCAAUAGAGUGGACUUGAACAAUCAUAGACAGCAACUCUUGAAACCAAAAUAACUUGUUACAAUUAUUUGGGUGUGUUUGUUUAUUAUGGGCAGUAUUGUGGUGAUUUGAUAGUGUAUCUAUGAGUAUGA